AUGUGCUUGUUGUUUCAGGGAUCCACACCUUUCAGCAGUUUGACUGUAGAUUAUACCCAGGGGGGAUGGAGGCAGUUGGCCCCUGCUCCGAGGGACAGGUUCGAGGAAGGGAUGCCAGAAAAGUCCAGAAACCUGGUCUUACUGGGACUUCCAGUUUCCCAGCCUGGUAUGAACUUCCAGUUGGAACAAAGGGAAGGUUCAUGGAUGCUCAAGAGAGACGACCUAAGGAAUGCCUGUCCAGAUUGGAAGAUUAUAUCUGAAUCACCACCUGAGCAAGACAUUUCUGAAGAAUCAUUCCAAGAUCCAAGUGUAGAGAUGCCUUCUGGGGAGCCAGAGCACAGGAACAGUGAGCUGGGGAAGAGCCUCAAUCUGAGACCAUUCCUUUCUCCACGGCCGAGAGUUCCUACAGAAGUGAGAUCCCGGACAUGUGACACACACGCAGAGAGCUUUGGGAAGAAUGCAGGUACAGUUGAAGCUCACAGAGUGAAGCCGUACAUGUGUAACGAAUGUGGCAAGGCCUUCAGUUACUGUUCUUCCCUUUCUCAGCAUCAGAAGAGCCACACUGGGGAGAGGCCAUACGAGUGCAAUGAAUGUGGGAAGGCCUUCAGCCAGAGCUCAUCUCUUAUUCAGCACCAGCGGAUUCACACUGGAGAGAAACCUUAUAAAUGCAGGGAAUGUGGGAGAGCCUUCAGCCAAAACGCAAACCUCACAAAACACCAGCGAACUCAUACUGGAGAGAAACCCUACAAAUGUACCGAAUGUGAGAAAGCCUUCAGUGACUGUUCAGCCCUUGUUCAGCACCAGAGAAUCCACACUGGAGAGAAGCCUUAUGAGUGUAGCGACUGUGGGAAGGCGUUCCGCCACAGUGCAAAUCUUACCAACCACCAGCGGACUCACACAGGGGAGAAGCCCUACAAGUGCAGCAACUGUGAGAAGGCCUUCAGCUACUGUGCGGCCUUUAUUCAGCACCAGAGAAUCCAUACAGGGGAGAAACCCUACAAAUGUAACGCAUGUGGGAAGGCCUUCAGCCAGAGUGCAAACCUCACAAACCACCAGAGGAUUCACACUGGAGAGAAACCCUACAAGUGUAGCGAGUGCGGGAAAGCAUUCAGCCAAAGUACAAACCUUAUAAUCCACCAAAAGACCCACACUGGAGAGAAACCUUAUAAGUGUAAUGACUGCGGGAAAUUCUUCAGUGAAAGCUCCGCCCUCAUUCGGCAUCAUGUAAUUCACACAGGAGAAAAGCCCUACGAGUGCAGUGAGUGUGGAAAAGCGUUUAACCAGAGUUCAUCCCUCAGUCAGCAUCAGCGAAUUCACACUGGCGUGAAACCCUAUGAAUGCAGAGAGUGUGGGAAGGCCUUCAGGUGUAGUUCAGCUUUCAUUAGACAUCAGCGACUCCAUGCUGGAGAGUAA